GAGGGAGAUCUCCUCCUUGGCUCACACCCGUCAGUGUGGCAGUGUGAUUUUGACUGACUGGCUGACUGACGGGGGACUCUGGAGGAAACACACAGGGAGAAGGGACGACACGCACACUCCGGGUUUCUUUUUUUUCUGUCAUCGUUGUCACGGCUGAUGGUUUUCUAGCUGCGCCGCCUGUAUCCACCUCAGCAUCGGAUUUUGCUUCAUUUCUCCCCUCCUUGAUUGGCUGAACCGGGGCUGAACCCAGCCAACCUGGGCCGGGCUGUGGGGCUGUUCAGCGAGCCUUAUAGCUGAAGUUGGCACCCGAGAUGAGCGCCUGGAGACCCGGGAGCGGGGCUCUCUCUUCGCCGGGGAGAGGGUCUGGGUCGUGGCGGUGCUGGUGGUGGUGGGUUAUGUUAAUCGGGGUGGCCGUGGGCUCCGGGGAUCCGUGGAUGUCCGCGGAGGCAUGUCUGUCGUCUUGUUCUUGCAGCGGCACCAGGAUCUCCUGUGUGGACCCGGAGCGGGGUAUCAGUGCUUUCCCCGUCCUGCAGAGCGAGGCGGAGAUGGAGAACAUCACCGACAUCUACAUCGCCAACCAGAGCAGCUUCUCCUCCAUCAACGACAAAGACCUGCACUACUACAAGAAUCUCAGGAACCUAACGGUGACCAACAGCAGGCUCACAUAUGUAUCAAAGCUGGCCUUUCAAAACAACCUCAAGCUACAGUACCUGAAUCUGAAAGAUAACAACCUGUCAUCGCUGUCCUGGAGGAUAUUCAAACACCUCAACAUCUCUUAUCUGAUCCUGACAGGGAACCCUCUGCACUGCUCCUGUGAGAACAUGUGGAUCAAGCUGUUGUUAGGAGAGGAAGCAGACACUCAGGAGCUGCGCUGCAUCGAGGAUGGAGGAGGACGCAAGCUGCUGUCCAAACUGACACUACCUAACUGUGAGGUUCCCAUGGCAACGUUAAGCCCAUCCAAAGUGACAUUAAUGGAGGGGAAGCACGUGGACCUGUCCUGUACAACCUCUGGCGUACCCUCACCUGAGCUGAUAUGGAACAUGGCGUUGGUCUCCAACUAUGAGAUCUUGACAUCAGGCCAGAUUUCAGUGCUGCGACUGUUCAACCUGUCGUCAUUGGACCACAACAGCAAGAUCAGCUGCACGGCUGAGAACAUUGUUGGAGAGAAAGAGUCAUCACUGCUGCUAGACAUACUUUUUCCUCCCAAAAUCACUAAGCUGAGUGAUGCAAUCCCUGACCAUCACUGGUGCAUCCCCUUCAGUGUGGCAGGAAACCCAGAGCCGCAGCUACAGUGGUAUCUGGAUGGUGAAGCGGUGACGGAGGGGAUCUACAUCAUGACCAUAAUCCAUGACAUCACAGAGAGAGAGUACCACGGCUGCCUGCAGCUGGACAGCCCCACACACCUCAACAACGGCCGCUACACACUCAUGGCUAAAAACCAAACGUUUCUGAAUUUAACAGACUGUUCUGGCUUUUCUGGAACGGAGAAGGAGCCUUACUAUUAUGAUCUAACCACAGAGGGCCCCUCGGCAGACCCUCCUGAAGACAGAGUCGCUGUGUAUGUGGUGGUGGGGAUCGCUGCUGUCGCCUUCACCGGUUUCCUUCUAAUGUUGGUUAUUCUCAAAUUUGGAGGAAACUCCAAGUUUGGCAUCAAAGGACCAUCGUCGGUCAUCAGUAAUGACGAUGACUCGGCCUCUCCUCUGCACCACGUCUCCAACGGCAGCAACACUCCCUCUUCCUCAGAAAUGGGCCCUGACGCUGUAAUCAUCGGCAUGACAAAGAUCCCGGUGAUAGAAAACCCUCAGUACUUCAGGAGCACAAACAGCCUGCUCAAAACUGACACGUUCGUCCAGCAUAUCAAGAGACACAACAUUGUGCUGAAGAGAGAGCUGGGAGAGGGAGCCUUCGGAAAAGUCUUCCUGGCCGAGUGUUACAACCUCUCACCCGACCAGGAGAAGAUACUGGUGGCUGUCAAGACACUAAAAGAGGCCAGUGAAAAUGCCAGGAAGGAUUUCCACCGUGAGGCUGAGCUGCUGACCAACCUUCAGCAUGAACACAUUGUCACUUUCUAUGGAGUCUGCGUGGAGAGCGACCCACUCAUCAUGGUUUUUGAGUACAUGAAACAUGGAGACCUAAACAAGUUCCUCAGGGCUCACGGUCCUGAUGCAGUUCUGAUGGCAGAGGGUCAGACCACCAGACCUGUGGAGCUGACCCAGUCUCAGAUGCUGCACAUCGCCCAGCAGAUAGCAUCUGGCAUGGUCUACUUGGCAUCGCAGCACUUUGUGCACCGUGACCUAGCCACCAGGAACUGCCUGGUGGGCGAGAAUCUGCUGGUAAAGAUCGGAGACUUUGGCAUGUCCAGAGAUGUCUACAGCACUGACUACUACAGGGUAGGUGUCGGAGGUCACACCAUGCUGCCAAUCCGCUGGAUGCCCCCUGAAAGCAUCAUGUACAGAAAGUUCACCACAGAGAGUGAUGUCUGGAGUCUAGGAGUUGUUCUUUGGGAGAUCUUUACCUAUGGAAAACAACCAUGGUACCAACUCUCCAAUAAUGAGGUGAUAGAGUGUAUAACCCAGGGCAGAGUGCUGCAGCGCCCCAGGACCUGUCCUAAAGAAGUGUACGACCUGAUGCUGGGCUGCUGGCAGAGAGAGCCGCACAUGAGACUCAACAUCAAAGAAAUCCACGGUCUGCUCCUCAAUCUGGCCAAAGCCUCACCUGUAUACCUGGAUAUACUGGGCUGAACACAGGGGGAGGACCAAGGAUGUGUGUGUGUGAGUGUGUGUUUAGGU